AUGUACGUGAUCGGCAAGGCAUACCCGUACGGCGACAGAGUGAACCACCGUUUCCUUUUUUCCCAAGACGGCGUUGAGCUGUAUGUCACUGUGGCAAGCUUCGACGAUGUCUACCUACAGUGGCUGCGAGGUAACCGUGCUAUUGGCCUACGUAAGGAUAGCUUUCUGCGCAUGACCCGGUAUGGGCCAUGGUUGAUAGACAGUGACCGUGACAUGGAGGAAUUUGCCGCCACUGCUCUCGCAAUCAUGUUAGCAGUAGAUAAAUGA